CCUUCAUGCGCCAUCCAUUCAUUGUAAGCAGACAUCAUUUGUAUGGCGUCAAAAGAUUUGCGCGUCCACUCUGUGCAAACACACACGACAUGAGCACUCGAAUUACUUCCAUGACCACACGGCGGCACAGCCAUCGACAUGAGAGACAUACAUAGAUGUGAAGAGCAGAAGGCCUGCCUCAUGCAGUUAACCUAUUCAUGACUGCACGGUGUACUCAGCCAUCAAAGCAAUUCCCACCGCCUGACCCUUCUAACUCUGAGGUCCACCGCCACCCACUGACCCACCCGUCCCCAACUCGCCCCCUCCCAACUCACCGUCACACGAGGGGAAUCGGGUGACAGUGGACUUCCUCGCCGUGAAACGGCCGAAGGGUACGAAUUCUAUCGUCAGGUCCCCGAAGAGUGUGUCCUCGUCGUCGUUGCCCAGCAGCUGGCGGGCCAGCUGGAGGGUCUGGGGGAAGCGGAAGGGGCCCUCCUGAUCGGGCUGCGGCGUCUCUGUGGUGUAGAGGUCGAUCGUGGAAUAGUGGGCGAAGCGCGUUAUCAUGAUGCGGGCGGCGAAGGUGUCGCUCUGGCCCUCUCCACAGAGGUAGAUGGAGCCGCUCCGCCGGCCGUCGUCGUCGAUGCUGAGCAGCCUCGUCUGGCGACCCCAGGGGAUGGCGGCCUGCAACACAAGGAGGUGCGUUAACGGAGAUAGCCAUCUGUCGAGCCACGCCAUUAACCUACUUGGGUCAGCAGUUCGGCAGCUCGCUGUGUCUGAGCCUGUGCUCCCCUGUUGGAGAUGAAGCGAUGACACAUCCGCUGCUCCUCGGACGGAAAACUAGGCAGACACACACAGAUCGUCCACAAGGUGGAGAAGUGGCUCCAUGGCUGGUGUCGCCUUACCGCUUGACGACCAGCUGUCUGAAACUCAUGUGAUCCACCUCGUUGUUGACUGAUGGCAACACACACGGACACAAUUGCACCCGUCAUCGCCCACACAUGAGCUCUUCUGAUCGGCCAUGUGUAUCGUCCCUCUCGCUCUCACCUCUGACGAUGGGGUCCGUCGGGUCGAACGAAGUGGCGAACUCGUGGCCGGCGGGGAGGGUCUGCUGUGUGUAGACGGUCACCACCUCCUCGCCCAGCUGCUCGAUGCCGUCGAUCUGUCUGAGGGCCACCACCCCAUCUUGCCCCAGCAGGUGGCCGAAGAGGCUGUACUGCUUGAGGCUGUCCGCCCGGCCGUCAAACACCGCCUUGGACCCCACACGCCGCACGUCCGCCGGCCUCACAGUGAUGGGCAGCGACUCGACCAGCCGUCCGUGUCGGGCGAUGCGCAGAGGGCCCAUCCACAGACCCCACUGCCCGCCAUCCUCCAACACGCACAGCAGCUGCAUCAAGUAGGCCAUCCGCGGCAUGGCCUCACCAUCGCCCGGCUGGUAGCUGGCGUCGAAGGUCAGCACGCCACCUAUCUGCUGGUCGGUGAUGCACCGGUUGAUGCGCUGGACGAGGUAGUUGUCGGUGAGCUGCUGUGUGGCCACGCGGGAGGUCAGGCGGAGGGCAGACAGGUCCGCUGCAGUCGUGAAGUCCGCCACCGCACUGCCCGCCUCAUCAAGCACCUUGAGGAAGAGGGAGGGGGAGAGUGAGGCCGCCGAAGCAGCUGAUGACGCGCCCUCUGUGCGGGCACGCUUCGUCAUCACGCCACCUUGUGUGUUUGGGACAUAUUCGUGUCAGAUCUUUUACUGCGCCAACGGCCGUCAACCGCAGCACUGCGGUUGAGGGUUGUACCAGAGAGGGAUGCAAU